UAGAUUUUAUUAUACGGCUAUGUCGUUCUUGCUUGUUACUUCUGGAUUUGAGUGUCUUAUUUUUGCCAACUAUCAUUGAUGUUUGAGCAUAGUUCUUCAUAGAGGAACUGGUUUUUCCAUUAGAUUGCUAAGUUAUUUUCUCUCAAAUAGAGUCGAUUCUUCAAGUGUCAUUCUGGCUGAGAGUUUACCAUCUGGGGUUGGAGGGAAAAAGAAAAAGAAAAAAUGAAAAAAAUGAAAACUUCAAUUGAAAUUUUUUCCUAGCAUUUUUCUCAGCAAAGGGAGAGUAGAAAUGGAUUUGUGGAUUGUUGCAGCAGCUACUGGUGCUGGAUAUGCAGCUAAGUACUGGAAGAAUCAGUCAAAGGAUGGGGAUUAUUCUUCAUCACAGUUAUACUUUGGGGAAUCCAAUUUGGUGAGUCCUCAAUAUUCAAAUCAUUUUGUCAACAAAUUUUCACAAAAGAAGAAACUAUAUGAAGAUGUUUUUGGUCAUGGAAGAAUGGAAGAAACAUCUUCAGUUGCAGAUUUUGGACUUUUUGUUUUUGGGAGUCACCAAGAUUCAAAUGAGCAGUCUACACCAAAUAUGACUUUGAAAUCAUGGAUUAAUGAGAACUCUAAAGAACACAUUGGAGAAAGCAGCAAAAGCAAUAACAUUGGAACCUUAGUUUGUAGUUCUUCUGUCUCUGCAAGAAACAGAAGCACAGCUAAAGCUAGAUUCUCACGUGGGGUUCUUAUUAAACCUCUGAGUUCUGUAGAAGAUUAUCUUCUAACCUAUGAGAGUUCUUUAGAUUCAUGUAUUGCUGUGGAAAUGGAGGAAAAUAAGCUGUCCAAGGGAUCCCAUUUAGAUGCUAGUGAAAGUGUAUAUGGGGUUUCUUUACUGCCAUUUGAGUCUUUAAAGAUCACUGAUGUAGUUAGUAAUAAGACAGGAAAGGAAUGGGAAAGAAAGUCAAGAAGUUGUAGCAAAAUGGCUAACAUGGAACACUUUGCUUCUAAAGGUGCUCCUGAUCAAUCCUUUGUAUUAUAUCUUGGAUUCUUCAUUGGUAUGAUGUAUUCUUUCAUAUCAAAUAACAGGGAAGUUCACAAGUUGAAAGAAUUGUUAAAGCAGAGUGAGUAUUUGGUUCAAGAUCUUCAAGAGGAACUUGAAAUGAAGGACUCAUUGAAGCUGAAGGAACUCAGUAAUGAUAAUUGUGAAUCAUACACUUAUAGCAAUGCCUUCUCUGAGAAAACAGGAGAUGAAUCUUCUCCAAAACAUGUCAUGGAUUACACAUUAAACUUCAAUGCUGAAGAACUAUAUGAACAUAAGGCAGGGGAGAGUUCUGAAUCAAUGAGCAGAAUCGAAGCCGAACUGGAAGCGGAACUCGAGAGGUUAGGAUUAAAUAUAAGCACCGAAGGCACGGGGAGAUUUUCCGACAACGAAGAGCUUGACCCAGAAUUCGAAGAAGAUUUUGCUGAAGGUGAGUUGAGGAAUGAGAUGAUUAGUGAACAAAGUUCUGGUUGGACCAAGCAUAAUGAAGAGGGAAGCAACUCAACAGUUCAGUCUGGAAAUUAUAGUGUGUCACCGAGGGAACUGCGCUUGCGUUUGCAUGAUGUUAUUCAGUCAAGACUUGAAGCACGUAUUAAGGAGCUUGAGAAUGCCCUUCUGAAUAACCACCAGAAACUGCAGCAAAUUGAUGCAGAAUAUAGGAGUUGUUCUUGGCUUGAAUUAGCAGAUGGUGAAUUGGAGUUUACAAAUAGAGAAAAUGAAACCAAAAUUGCUACCCAAUCUCUGAACAUGAAUUUCUCGAAGGAAGCCAUUGAUAAGCUCUGUUGAGUUUGGAAGAAGGGUGGUUUUUACCUGAUUUCUAAUGUUGAUUUUAUAAUGUAACUCUCACAUCAUCCCAAGGGUAUAUGAUUUUUUUUUUCUUAAAAAAAGAAUUCAUUAAGUCAACACGCUAACCGUAAAAAA